GGUCUGAUGUUUGAUGUUUGUUUUUUGUUGAAGUUGCUUUUGUCUCAAAAAUGUUUCGAGUUUUUUUUGUCCAUAUUUUCGUUUGAUUCAUCUCAAAAGUUUCAAAAAUUAUCGGUCAAUUUCUAAUCACAAAGACAGGAACAAUAUCCCUUUCCAUUGGAUGAGGCGAAUUCUGCAAGAUGGGCAGAGGUAAAAAGUUUACGAUCUUCCAAGAUGUUCAAAUAUGCCUGUCCUGGCUUCACGCGAAGCAUCAGGAAAUGCUUGGAGAUCAUGCGACCGAUGAAAUUCGGUCAUCGCCAUUUAAUGUGUGGGACACGGUUUACGAGCAUGCCGUUUACAACGAUGCAGGAUUCGAAGAGCGAACUGUUUACGGCCUGCGAACCAGAUUUUUAGUGAUACAACGGGCGGUUCUUAAAUUUUCUGAAAGCGUUUCAGCGGCUAAGACGGAUAAAGUUGAAGCCUCGAAAGUUAUAGCUUGUGCAAUGAAGCACUAUCGGGAAGCCUGCAACGAGGACUUCAAGUUUCUGCGCUGCUACGUGAUUUUGAGGAAGCACUCCAAAUUCAGCAACCUGGUGGAAAUCGAGUCAAGCGUAGGGGAUGCUUCGAAUGAAACAAUGCCAGAUCUGUUUGAUGACACAGACGUUGAAGGUGCUUAUAAAAGUAACCAGAGACAGCGCAAUAGAGGCAAAAACUUCACAUCUGAGCACGAUAAACAAAUUUGUCUUUCCUGGGUCCAUGCGAAACAUGAGGCGGAAUCCAGCAUCAAUGCAUACCGACUGGCUCAUUUUAGUUUUUGGGACGCACUGCACAAGGAUGCCGUUUCUAAAAAUCCUGAUUUAGAAGUUCGGACGGUGAAUGGUCUGCGUUUGCGAUGUGGGCAGAUUCGUUGCAAAGUUCGAGCAUUUUCGACAUAUUACAAUAGCGCCAUUCAGCAAGAAAAUGAUCACGAUAAAGCUAUCACAUAUGCUAUGCAACAGUACCAACAAAAUCGCAAGGAAGACUUCAAGCACUUGGAGUGUUUCGAAAUUCUGUUCGACUACUUAGACACCCAUAGUACGUCACAAGUAUAUUCGAAUACAGUGAAUGUUUUUCCGACAGAAGCAGAAGAUACAAAGCUAAGUGGUGACGAGCAAGAAUCUUGGAAUAUGUUUGAAGCUAGUCCUAAGCUCGAGUCGUAUUUAUCAGAGGCUUCACAGGCAGAGCCGGAGGAAGUACACAGCGAAGAAGAUGAAAUUCCUGCCAUGAUCCAGGAGACAUCCGACAGCGAACAGCGACCCCCGUUGAGUCAGAGUGGACGAGGAAAAAACUUCACCACUUAUCACGAUAAGCUUCUUUGUCAGUCAUGGAUCAAAGCGAGAGAAACUGAAUCAACAUCUGGCGCAAACUCAUCAAAUAUGUGGAAGAAUGUUUACGCUCACGCCAUUUCUUUGGAUCGAAAUUUCAAAGUCAGAACGUUGGAUGGCCUACGACAAAGAUUGGGAAAUAUUAAGCGAUCCGUACGAAGGUUUUCCGAAUGCUAUAAAAUGUUCGCACCGGAAGAUAAAGGCGAACCAGACCAUGGCGUCAUUCAACGGGCGCUAAAGUUGUACAAAGAUAAUCACGGCGACUCAUUCAAAUUCAAGGAAUGUUGGUUAAUUUUGAGGCAAUGUCCAGAAUUUUGUGAAAAUAAGGAACUGUCCACUCCAAAACUAGAAGUUUAUAAGCCAUCUCAAAGUGAAGAGCACAUUUCCAAUCAAGAACCCCAAAGAGUAAAUGUGAGGCAAGACGAGAUACAAUCUCUGCUGAAGGCAAGUAUUGAUGUUGGCAUAGCAGAGGCUCGGUCUCGCGGAGAACGUAUAGAACCUAUGAUCUACGAUGUGCAGCAGCAAAUGGCCGCUUAUGGCGUUUUCAAGGAAAGGAAGCUAUAUAUGAUUAAAAAGAUGUACGAUAGAACGGAGCGUGAGUACAAAAAUAAUCGACUGAGGCCGUAUCCACCGGAAGCAAGAAUUCUAUGGGGUACUCGAAGUAACAGCGAAGAAGAGAAAGCAAACGAUGAGCAAUGGGAUCUUUUAAUUCAGCACGUACUGGACACUAAAAAGGGCACAUCUUUCUUAUCUGGAGCAGAAAUCCGAGAACUAAUCAAGCAAGCGAUUGACCGUAGAGUAGAAUAUGUUCCACCGGUCGAGAGGAAGAUAAUUUUCAAUCGCAUUCUACGGGAUAUGCAUUCGAACAAACUGUGUUGCCGGAAGACGGCGGACCAGUUACUUCAGGAUUAUCUGAGAAUGAAAAAACAUUUUCAAGAAGGUUCACGAAAACAUUUACCUCCCGAGGCAGCGCUGCUUUGGGAGUUCGAUGGGAACGACGAUGAGUUAACGGCUACGGAACCAAUCGAACAAAUUGAUUUCCCAGAGUGUGAGUUAAAGUUAGAGAUGGACCUAUGUCGCAUUUGCCAAGCAGAGCAGCCCGAUCAAACCAAAGACUUGUUCUUCGAUGAGUAUAAUGGGAAGACGUAUGCAGCUAUCAUAUAUGAUACAAUUAAAGUGGAGAUGAUAAAUGAUGGCAAACAAACAAAUUUGAUUUGUGACAGCUGUUCCACUUACAUAGAAAGCCUCGCAUCAUUUGUUCAACAGUGCCGAAAUAGCUGCAUCAAUCAGGAAAUUGAAGAAAGCAAUACGAUGACUAAAAUCGCCAAACUGGAAUUUGAGAUUCCGGACACCACUAUCGAAUUCUUGAAUGAUGAAGUUUCUAAUCUGCCUGAGAACGAUUGCAAUGGAUUCGACGAUAAUUCGGUUACUAAUGAAGACACUAUGGAUGUGGCCGAUGAAGUGUGUGUUGAAGAACCCGCUCAGGCUAAAAUCGAUAUAGCCAAUGAUCAAACGAAGCCCACUGUGGAGGUAGAAACUCGUAAGAAGUUAAAUUAUCGUAAAUACGUGGAAAGUCGAUCGCGAAAACUAUGGCGAAACAAACCACAGUGUCACUUGUGUGGUAUUCGGGUAUUGGAUUUACCGAGUCACAUUGAAAGUCAUUCUGGAAAAGGAUUCCAAUGCCAAGUUUGCGAUAGAGUUUGUCCCAAUCGACGGCAGCUACGAGUCCACAUGAAUCGUCAUACCAAGAAGUACAAGUUUCCCUGUCGUUAUUGUGAUAAAAUGUUCUUCGUUUGGUCUUCACGGGCAUGCCACGAGAAAAAUCAUCACGAGAAUCAAUCGAACAAAUGCGACGUGUGUGGCGUUGAGUACAGAAAUAGAAGCUACCUUUUGCAGCACCAUAAGUUUGUACAUCUUGGAAUCCGUAAUUUGAAGUGUUCCAAGUGUGAUUUCAGUACAUCAAUCAAGACUCGAUUGCUUAAUCAUUUCCGCAGCUUGCAUACUAGCGAACGUCCAUACAAAUGUUCGGUGUGCGAUUUCCUCUCAAAUAGUAAUACUGGUUACUAUAUUCACUUUAAAAGACACAAAAAAUCUGGCGAGGCAACCAGCUAUACGAUCAAAUGCGCUUACUGUGAAGAACUAUUCACAAAGGACGCCUCACUGGAAGUUCACAUAGUUAAGAAACAUCCCGAUCGAGCAGUAGUGAUUUGAAGUUGAUAAAUUGUUAUUUUUACUGAA